AUGCAGCUCCCAAAUGAGGAGCUGGGCGGCGCUUUGGAGGACGGCCUCGAGGCGCCGCCAGAGGAGCACCCCAUUGGCGGGUUUGAAGAGGACGACCUCCCGAUUGAGCAGAUGGUCGGCGACGGCGACGACGAGGACGAGGACGAGGACUUGUCGCUCGCCGCGCUGUUCGCACGCAAGCUCGCGGCCGGCGACGUCGCCCCAGGCAACCGGCAGCAGCAGCAGCAGCAGCAGCAGCACCUGGCGCCCGCGAGCGGCCCCGCGCCGCCGCCGGUGCCGUCGCUGCUGUCCGCCAUGCGGUCCGCCGCGUCCGGUGGGCUGGCUGCGCCAGCGGCGUCGCUCCCGCCGGCGAGCCAGCCUUUCUCGAUCGGCCUAGACCUCCAUCUGGGAGGCCUGCCAGACGGCAAGCCAAUAGGCGCCUCCGCGUCGGCCGCCGCCGCCCUGGGGCCCCAGGCGCCCUCCCUCUGGCCCUCCCAGCAACCAGCACCCACCGCGGCCGUCGGGCCCACGGCGCCAGGCGGGACGCCACAGCCGGCCGUCCGGGCGCCGGGUGCGGGGGCAAUGGUGGCGGGUGCCAUGUCUGCUGAGCAACUGGAGGCCGAAAUGAUUAGCCGGGCGCGGGAGCAGCAGCAGAAGCAGGCGGCGGCGGCUGCGGACAAGGGCGGUGGCUUGCUAGCGCUGCUCAAGGGGGGCGCAGCUGCGGCGUCCCUGGCGUCUCCCGGGCCACAGCCAGAGCAGCAGCAGCAGCAGCAGCAGCAGCAACGCGGCAUGCCGCCGCAUGGGGUGCCUGGGAUGGGGAUGCCCCCCAACCCCUUCCCGCCCGGCAGUCUUCCGCCAGGCGCGGUGCCGCCGGGCUUCCCGUACGGGCAGCUGGCGCCCCACUUCAAGGGGCCGUACGGGCCAGGCCCGAUGCCUGGCGGGCGCCCGCCCAUGAUGGGUCCUGGGGGCCCGAUGCCGCCCAACAUGGGCCCGCCCGCAGGGCCCGGGCAGCUGCCGCCCGGCUUCAACCUCCCGCCAGGCUUCCCGAUGCCGCCAUUGGGCCCGCAGCAGUACGAGGGGCAACUGAUGAGCAACGGGGAGAUUGAGCACGUGUUGCGCAUCCAGUUUGCCGCGACGCACACGGGGGACCCCUAUGUGGAGGAUUACUACGCGCAGGCGUACCGCCACAAGUAUCUGGGCGGCCGCAACGCCGCGACGUUUGCGCCCGACGCGCUCCGCCGCGACGCCGCCUCCGGCCUCGCGCUCCGCGAGUCGCGCCACGCGGCCGUCGAGGGCCUGGGCCGCUUCGUGCUGUCAAACAUCAGGACCCCAAAGCGGCUGAUGGACGUCUCUGGCCGCGCGGCAGGCAAGGAGAACGGCGCCGCGGGCGGGGACGGGAAAGGGGACGGCGGCGAGCAGCCGGCCGCGGCCGCGGCGGCCGCGCGGCUUGAGGACGAGCCGAUGCUCGCGGCGCGGAUUCUAAUCGAGGACUGCAACGCGAAUCUGAUGCGUGUGGAGGACCUGGACCGCGCGGCGGCGGCCGACGAGGCGGCCGGCCUGGUGCUCGACGCGUCGUCCGCCGCGGGCGCCGCGCUGCGCCGCGAGCGCGCCGCGCUGCUUUGCGGCGUCGUUGCGUCGCUGCAGCUCGCGCGCGCGCCCGGGGACGGCGGGGGAGACUGGGUGUUUGGGCGAGUCAUGGCGCUGCCCAAGGGGCGGCUCAUGCUCGCGAAGGCGCUGCGCUUCAUGGUGCACCCGGCCACGGGCCGCCCGGCGCCGCAGGGCGCCGGUCCGCGCGGUGGCGGCGGCGCGCGGCAGCAGCAGCAGCAGCAGCAGCAGCGGAGGCAGCAGGUCCCCUGGAACUCAGAGGCCGGGGGCGAGGCGGGCGCCGAGGCUGCCGGCGCGGAGGCGGCGGCGCCGGCGCUGUGGGCCGUGCUGCGCAACGCCCGGGAGCUGUUCGGCCCCGCUGUUGCGGCCGGCGCCGGCGCGCGCGCCGAGGGCGAGAAGCGCAUGCUCGCGGCGACCGAGGCGCUCGCGGCGGCGGCGGCGGAGGCGCUGCGGCGCUGCGGCGCCGCGCGGGACCCCGCGUGGCUCGGGUCCGUUCUCUCCGCCCUGCUGCUGCGCGCGACAGAGCUGGGGCUUGGGCCCGACGGCCCGGCGCCGGACGAGGACGGGGCCGACGGCGGCGGCGCGCCGGCGCCGGCGGCGGACGGCGCGGCGGCCGAUGAGUGGCGGGCCGCGUACGCGGAGAUUGAGGCGGCGGUGUCGCGCCACCUGGCGGCCCUCCAACAGGCCAAGGCCGCCGCCGGCGCCGAAAGCAACGGCGGCGGCGCAGGCGGCGCCGCGGCCGCGGCCGCCGCGUCGGGCAUGCCCGCGGCGACGCUGGAGGCGCUGCGGGCGCACGCCGCGGAGCUGGCGGCGGUCCCGCUGGUGCGGGGCAUGGUGUCGGAUCACGCGCGCGGGGAGGGGCGCGAGCGGCUGCGGCUGCUGCUGCUGGAGGUCGCGCGGUGA